AUGAACCCUUCCAAUCCACCCCAAGCUGCCGAGUACGGCGGAGAUGAGGUGUCGGCCAUUGUCUUGGACCCAGGAUAUUCAACCACGCGCGCUGGCUUUGCCGGUGAAGAUGCCCCAAAAUCGCUGGUCCCAACCUACUAUGGCAAAUACAACGCCGACGGCCAAGAGAAACUAAUAUUCGGCGAUGAUGUCUUUGUUACCCCACGGCCUGCUCUGUCCGUCCACAACCCGGUCGGCAAGGAUGGUAUUGUCGAGGAUUGGGAUAUGGCAGAGAAGGUGUGGGAGUAUUCAUUCACCUCGCGACUCACUGGCGCAAAGCCUGGAAACCCAUUCCAGAACGGCCUGAACGACAUUUCCAACGACGAGCUCCCGACGGAAAUGGAGGUGGAGUCGGAUGAGAAGCCUCUGGCCGACAGUCCGCUGCUGAUGACCGAGCCCGGAUGGAAUCCUGCAAAGGCGCGCGAGAAGACCAUUGAGAUUGCGAUGGAGAAAUGGGGCACGCCGGCCUUUUAUCUGGCACGAAGUGGAGUGCUCGCGGCUUUUGCCUCCGGCAAGGCUUCUGCCCUUGUGGUCGACAUUGGCGCCUCGAACAUCUCCAUCACCCCUGUCCAUGAUGGUAUGAUCCUCAAACGAGGCGUGCAGCAUUCCCCGCUGGGCGGUGAUUACAUCUCAUCGCAGAUCCGCGCAUUGUUCAAGUCCAACUCCCCGCAACCGAUCACGAUCACACCGCAUUAUUUGAUUAGCUCCAAGACCGCCGUGGAGGCCGGGCAGGCGCCCCAGGCCAAGUACAAGACCUUCCCCGCUGAGAAGGCGCCCGACGCAUCGUAUCGCUCGCUGCUCGAAGAACGCACGCUGUCCGAGUUCAAGGAGUGCGUCGUCCAGGUUUGGCCUGGGCCGAACAAGCUCUCUGCCACUGGUCCCACAGGCGUCUCGAACGAGGAGACGGCCCGAACCUGGCCCGGUCGCCCGUUUGAGUUCCCCGACGGCUACAACCAGGUCUUCGGCGUUGAUCGCUUCCGCGUGGUUGAAUCCUUGUUUGAUGUCAAGGCGGCCAUCCCAGACCCAGACUCACCUUUUCCGGCCCCAACCUCGUCCCAGACUAUUCCGGAGCUCAUCAAGGGUGCAUUGAGCGGCGUCGAUGUGGAUAUUCGCCCUCACCUGCUGGCCAAUGUCGUGGUGACCGGCGCAUCUAGUCUGCUCUACGGCUUCACCGAUCGCCUGAACCACGAGCUGAUGCAGCUUUUUCCGGGGCCACGAGUGCGCAUUUCAGCCCCUGGAAACACCGCCGAGCGCCGCUUUGGCUCCUGGAUUGGUGGCAGUAUCCUGGCCAGUCUGGGCACCUUCCACCAGAUGUGGAUCUCCAAGAAGGAAUACGAGGAGCACGGCCCGAACAUCGUGGAAAAGCGCUGCAAAUGA